UAUCAUUUAUUUGUUCUCUAUAUUUUUCUUUCUCAUUACACACUUUUUCGAGCAUUUACAUCAGGUAAUUGGGCCUGUUUUGAAGGUGAUGUCCAAUGGUGAGGGUGAGAAGGAGGAACAGGUUUGCUCUACGGGGUUGAAACAUUGGAUCAAACUGCAUCAAGAGGUUUUGAGCGUGACAGAGGAUAUAAUAGACUUGUAUUCGCCAAUGCUAUGUGUCUAUUUUCUCUACAUCUAUUCUACGGUGGCCUUCACUAUUUAUUCAGCACUGCAGAACACACAUUCACACACUCUCGUUGAAGUAAUGGUACUUGUCUACUUCACUUUGAUGACUCUGACUAAUUUCUAUAUUCUUUGUCACUAUGGAAAUAAAAUCAAGGAACAGAGUGAAAACACAAUUAGAGCAGUAUUCGCUGCGCCUUGGUACGAUUGUAGCCACUUUCAGAAAACGUUUUUGAAAAUUGUAAUUCUGAGAUCACAGAAGGCAAUUAUUGUCACCUCUUUCAGUUCAACUGUAUUCGACCUUACUAACUCUACUUUUAUCGUGAUAAUGAAAUCCAUUGUUUCUUUCUACUUGGGUCUUGUAAAGAUGAGACAACAGGCAGAAAUCUCAUCAGAAAUGUGAUGAUGUAGGCUACUGUAUGUGAAGGAUUCAAUAGGAUGCAAAUCAUUUGUAUCAAGGAAUAGUUUACUUCAAUUUUUGAAAAUAAAAAACGA